GAAGGGGACAUCCGGUAUUAUUUCCUCUAGCUUGACAGUCGUAGUGGAAGUCUGGAGCUCAGCGGCUCAUUGACUGUAGCAAGUUCCUGAUCGCUGGUGCCAACGCCCGGCGAAAUAGAAAGCUAACGUUAGCUAGCGGAGAUACGGAGGGACAUUGCAGCUAACAGCAGACUCAGAAAGCACAGAGAUGCAGACUAUCAAAUGUGUGGUGGUGGGUGAUGGAGCAGUGGGAAAAACCUGCCUAUUGAUUUCAUAUACCACCAACAAAUUCCCCUCUGAAUAUGUACCCACGGUUUUUGACAACUAUGCAGUAACUGUAAUGAUCGGGGGUGAACCAUACACCCUUGGCUUAUUUGAUACAGCAGGUCAGGAGGAUUAUGACCGGUUACGACCACUAAGCUACCCACAGACAGAUGUCUUCUUAGUCUGUUUCUCAGUUGUUUCACCUUCCUCGUUUGAGAAUGUUAAAGAAAAGUGGGUUCCUGAAAUUACUCACCACUGUCCCAAGACCCCGUUCCUGUUGGUAGGCACUCAGAUCGACCUGCGUGAUGACCCCUCCACAGUGGAGAAGCUAGCCAAGAACAAACAGAAGCCAAUCACCCCUGAGACAGCAGAAAAGCUGGCUCGUGACCUUAAGGCAGUCAAAUAUGUUGAGUGCUCAGCCCUAACACAGCGGGGACUGAAGAACGUAUUUGAUGAGGCUAUCCUAGCCGCUUUAGAGCCCCCUGAAACUCAAAGAAAGAGAAAAUGCUGUUUGUUCUGAUGUCUUCUUGCAUCUUGCUUUGCCUCUCGAUCGUCUGCUGCUUACUCAUUGUAAAGAGAUGUCUGUCACUUAAAUAACCACUACGCUCUUUUAAACUUUAAAUCUUUGUGCCCAUUAACCUUUUUCCUUCUGUUCAUGCGUGCUUUCUUUUCAACUUGGCCUAAUCACAAUUAUCCAUGCUGCCUGUUACAACAAGAGUGCCAAUCUUUAGUUCUUGUUUCUGUUGCCAGCGUCUUGUGUGCACGUCUGUGAAAAUGGACAUGACUGCGUUGGUUCAUGUUAUUUAAAUUUACAUUCUGUUAUUAUCUCAGUAUUGAGCCCUUCAGCAUCAGCUGUACCCUACAAAGCAUUUAUGCCACAAUCUGUCUUGGACAGUAAAAAAAAAACCUUUUUUCCUACUGCAGCGUCAAACAUUUUCCGUGGGCUUUUUGUCUUUACUCAGACAACCUGAUCAUGAAGGAGUCUUGUAUAAUGUUAUUUGAAUAAAGGAUAAUUUUGAUCGCCCUGCUCCAUUUCUACUCAGCCUUCUUUUGCAAUUAGUUCCCUGAAGAUACUAAUUUGUAUUUGGAACAUAGCCCUGUUUUGAAUAUUAAUAUUUUAUUUCCACAGAAAGGAUUAAAGAAUGUGUUUGAUGAGGCAAUACUGGCUGCCCUGGAGCCUCCUGAACCUAAGAAAAGGCGUAAAUGUGUUCUGCUCUAAGUUUCAUCGCAGCCUUCUCCACACCAGUUUCCAAAUCUAGGUUAACAGUUCUGAAGAGGUUUGUUGCACAAGCACAUUCCAACAUGAGUUAAGAUAUUCUGAAAUAUUUGCUUUCUGACUGACUUAACCUAAAUACAUUUUCAAUGUGUUGAACAUGAUUUUUAAGAUUGCGUAACAUUUGAUGCUGUUUGUGAUGAUUUGAUGCCAUUGAAAUGGUCUUACGUGAUGUGAAUACUUACGAUAUAUAUAUAUCAACAAACUGUAGGUGACAUUAUUAAAUAACGUUUCAGUUUGACCACAUUAUGUUAAGAGUUAUUUUGCAGAAGUGUUAUUCCAAAAGAACUGACUAUGAAAUGGUAUUUUAAUAGAACUCCUGUUUUAUUGACUGCCCUGUAAAACACAAACAAGCUGAUGAUGUUGUUAGUGAGCUGCUCAAAUGAUGUCUUAGUAUAUCCUACAUCUGUUUACUUCUCAAGAAAUUCCCUUAAACUUUCUCGUAUGUACCAUAUGUUCAACCCUGGCGCACAAGACGGCGUGUGGUUGACACCGCAUUGUCAUAGAACUCAAAUAGUUUCUCAAAGGGUUAAUAAAAGUUGCCGUAUUUUACUUUUUAAACAUGAUUUCAUAUUCAAUGUCAACAUAGCCUCCAGGCGUAUCCCAGAAAUAAUUGACGUAAUGACAUUUCUAGGCAAUGCUCCCAUCGUAGUUCUAGUUUGCCAAAAAAAGACCUGAUAAAUUGAAGCUUAGUCCAAGUAAAGAUCUGCACAAGCGGACAGACAUGUGAAAUGUAUGGAGUUUUAAUUUUCAAUUUAAGUAACUACAUGCAAGAAGUUGGAGCACAACAAUUUCAAAGUAAUUUUCUUAUUGUGACAGAAGUUAAGGUCAUGUGUGUCCUGAAUGCUUUUUCAAAAGUUGCAAAAGCUGAACUUUGUAGGAGCAUUCCAGCCUAUAACUGCAGGCUAAUGAACCAUUUUGUAAACUGAACAUACUUGCUGCUGAAGUCGGAUAGUAACACAUUGUGAAUACUCUCACAAAAUGCUAUACAUAGUUUGAAACCCUGUGAAGAUUUUCGAGUGACUGAACUAGCUCUAUUUACAUUUGUCUUUUACUAUAACCAUGCCUGGAUGAUGGGCUUGAAUUUGAUUUGUAAAUAUAGUGAGAGUAACUCGUAACUUAUUGACUGAAUACAAUGUGUGCAUUACUGAUACGGAUAGAGGAGCUGAGGUCACAGUGAAAUCAAAAUGUCCAGGAAAAUGUUGAGUUUCUUGGACUCUUUGGUUUUUAUUCAAUUUGACAUCAAAGUUGUACUGUAUCUUGCUUGUGAAGCAUCACAAUAAACCAGUAUUAUGAAUAAACCUAA